AUGAACUUUAUAUCCAACUAUAUUGACGAUGUUCAUCAAAAUUACUUGGAACUCAUAGAUAAAUAUCGCGAUGGUACAUCACCAACGGAACCUCAUUUGGCAUUUAUCUAUAAUAUCAUUGAAAUCAAGCAAUGUUGCGGUUUUUAUUAUAAUAAUAAUCUAUUGAAGUCGGAAUGGACAUAUUUUAACACCUAUUUUCACCGAAAUUGUAGAUUAGACGUUGAACAAUGGUAUCCCUCGCUUGAACUACGUAUUCGCGAUCAAUGGUAA